AAUUGACGCGGUGAAUAAAAUGAACAAACAGGCGGAGCAGGCGGCGAAGUGAGCACUUUGUGUACUUAGUACCUACAAAGAACAAACAGCUAACUUCAUCUCUAUUAAAUGUCAGAUUUCAUUAUAUCACGACUGUAGGUAUUGCUAGAUUUCAUUUAUCACCCAGCAGGAUGUGGAGGUGUUGCUACGACCCGCGGUACGCAGCGAAGAACCUGGCGGGGCGGCAAAUGUGCCAGUGGAACUCGACCGGCUUUGGCGGCGACCUGUCCUUCCUCGGACAGACCUUCGAGGCGGUGAGCAACAGCCGUCACUGGCUGGACCGGGCUUGGAUCGACAACUGGCUACUGGCAAAACCGCGCGUGGAGGUGUUGCGCACCGAGUGGGUGCAGAAGUUGUACACUUAUUGCAACGGUGGGGAAACGAGCAGGAGGAGAAAUACUUUGCAUCAAAAUAAUCAAGUGCUGCGCGCCGGCAGCGAAACGGCUCAACAGGCGGAAGACUACUUUAUUGCGUAUUUUGGUGGGAAAGGGAGUAAGCAAGCAUGUAGCGGGAAAUAUAAUGGUGCCAUAUCGGCAGGUCGUAACAGCAGCUGGAAGGGACGUGGGUAUGGCUAUGAUCAGUACCGUGCUUCUGCUUCAACCUAUUCACGAGGACAUCAUCCGUAUUCUGGAAGAUGAAUUUGUUUUCAUGCCGAGUUUGUGCUGCGUGAGCGCAAAAGUAAGAGCCACAAUGUCGCUCCUGUCGAU